GUUGGUGUCACCUGAUCUGAAUAUGCUCGUGCCAGGAUGCGUAACCAGGCAACAGCAAACAUUGAUUCCUAGUCGCGCAGCUGCGACUGCAUAAAGUGCAUACCGGUACUUUUAUUGAAAACUUUUUUUUAUGACCGACAAUGACCUCGGAGGUUUUGGUGUCGAGGCCCCGGUUUGAUGGCAGAGACGUGGGUCAGGCAGAGCCAGCUGCAGCUCUGGUGGCUCCGCAGCCGUCCUCAGGCGCUGCCACCGCGGGCUACCGCUCCGCCAAGUACACCCCGGCGGAGUGGCACUCCAACAACUUCUCCAUCCUGCAACAUGCCGUCAGCGACCGCGACGAGGCCCGGAGAAUCCGAGCACAGUCCAAAACGCUGUAUCAGGAAGCCGAGGCAGCGACUCAGUGGGCCCAGGCAGAGGGGACACGCCUGCUGGGCGAGAGGCUGCAGGACAUCCACCUGUGGAAGUCCGAGCUGCAGCGGCACAUCGAGCAGCUGGUGGCCGAGACAGACCUGCUUUUGGCACAGAAGACGCGGCUGGAGAAGGCGCUGGACGCCACCGAGAUCCCUUAUGCCAUUGCCACCGAUAAUCUCACCUGCCGGGAGAGGCGACCUGGGCCUGACCUGGUUAAAGAUGCUGUUGAGGAGGAACUGCUCAAGGAAGUGGACUUGAUAAGGAGUGUCCAGGCUCUUCUGAAGAAAACCACAGCUCAGGUUGUCAGUCAGAUUAAAAUCAAUAGAGAGGCCAAGCUGAUGUUAGAGCUGGACUGGUCAGAUAAGUCGCAGGCCUACAACUUUGAUGACCGCUGUGGAAGAUACAACAACAUGAGCCCCGACACACAAUACCACCCCAGUUCAGCCAGCAUGCAGGACCAGGUGUGUAACCACACAUCAUGGGUGAAGUUUACACAGGAGAACCUGUCCAAGGCGUUGCAGGAAUUACAGGCCACCAAGGAUCUCAGGCGGCUGGUGGAGCGGGUACUGCAGGAGACCUCGCAGGACCUGCAAGCUCAAUGCUCCAGGGUGGACCGGGCCUUCAGCCAGCGCUGUGCAGAGCUGAUUGCAGCCAAAGCACAUCUGGAGCAGCACCUUACACAGAUCUUGGAGCAGAUUGGAGUGCAAGAGAAGAAUACUGUGGCCCUACAGCAGGCCAUCCAUAACAAAGAGGCCCCUCUGAGAGUAGUGCAGUCCAGACUUAACCUGCGCUCCCUGAGACCCAAAAUGGAGCUCUGCAGAGACGAACCCCAGCUCAGUUUGGAAGGGGAGGCGGGGCAGAUUGGAGCCACUAUUGCAUCCCUGUGCCAACAGCUGAGUGAGGCCAGAGGCUCUCUGUCCCGCCUGGAGGAGUCGCGCAUGGCCCUGGAGAAGGACAUCAUGUGUAAAACCCAUUCCCUGCUCAUUGACAGGGAGAAGUGCAUGGCUUACCGACAACGGUACCCCACCAUCAGUGCAAUGUUAGGUUACUGAAGAGGAGGAAUCUGUGUGUUCGUGUGUGGUUUGUGCAAAAAAAGCAUGUAUUUUAAUAUAGAAACACUAAUCGCUAAUAAUGAGCUAUUACAUUACAUUUGUGUCAUGUCUUAGAGAUAAUUUUCAAUUUUGUUAGGUGUGAGACUGAAGUGAAUUCAUAUUUAUCCUCAGCGAAUUCAGGCCAGUGAGGAUAUUUAAUCCCUUCUUCCGGUCUUCUUCCGGUUGCAUGUGCCUGAAACAUCUCCACAGGGAGGCGCUCAGGAGACAUCCUAACUAGAUGCCAGAUCCACCAUAGCUGGUUAUUUCAGUGCAGAGGAACAGUGGCUCCUCACUUAAUUCCUAAAGGUGAGCCCUUGCCCGUAGGCCAAGUAGGCCAAGAGUAAGUUGAGAGUUUACUCAGGUUCAGGCUAAUGGCCAUUUUAGCCUGGGGCUCAGUAGGAGUUCACACAGGGACGGAAUGGGGCCACUUUCUAACCUGGGAGUUUCAUGCCCAAGCCCAGCUCACUUUUUCCAUGGUAGAGCAAACUGGAUAAAUGAGGUGACAACUCUUACUAUCCUGUUUUUUUUAUUAGCAGCAUGUUUCACUUCAAGGAUACAUCCACAAGUUAAUAAAAAAUAAUUGCCUA